AUGGCAUCGGCCAGCAGCACUUCAGCCCGAUCGUUGUUUCAAGAUUCCAAAACUCGACUAGCUGAUAGGGUUCAAAUUCUAAUGCAUUCGGCCCGCAACUUUGCUGCGCAAGAAAUUCUUAUCGAGAGCUCAGAAAACAACUUGAAACGGCUGCAACUUUUGUGUGCUCAUCUCGGAGUUCAACAGGAUGCUCUGCAAAGGAGGGCCAGCCAAUUGGAAGAAGUUAAAGAGCAAGUGCAGGCUAUGCAAAGAUGA